AUGGAAGACGUAAUCAGCCUGGACAACCUGUUCCUCCUCAACACUAAUAACGAUGAUGAAAACAUAAACCUGAGGCUGGCAGACAAGGGAAUGGCGAUGAAGAACCUCGACAGCGGCGCAAUCACCACAAUAAAGAAAGAUGACAUUCAUAGAAUAGAAUUGUACCGUGGCACGCGUCUGUACAGCAUGAGAAUCACCACAAAGACGAAAAUAUUCAACAUCAACAACAUUCUGGAAGAGAAGAUCGAGGAGAUCAAGAAGGUGUGCGGCCAUUGGUAUUCAAUAAAUGUGUACGUGAAACCACUGGAGAUAGUGGACACAACGAAAGGAAAAGUUACGUUUUCGGAUGAUUAUUUGGAGUACAGAACCGACAAAUUAAUAUUUGAUGUUUCGUUGAAGGACAUUGUAAGCGUUUGCAGCGUUAAGAAUGAGGCGGUUUUAGGUUUUGAUUGUGAUAAAGAAUUUGACGGGGUGAUUGAGAUGAGACUGGGUGUUCCAGAUGAAAAUUUUGUGAAGAAUUUGAGAGAACGCAGUGAAAUUGGACAGGUAAAGAGCAUUAUAGCGUUUGAGACCCUCAACAACGUGUCACCAAGAGGUAAAAGCGACUACAUCUUUAGCGAGAAUUACAUAAGAGUGCUCGGAAGAACGUACGAACAUAAAGUGUUGUACAGUUCUAUCAAAAGAAUUGUGGUGUUGGAACAGGAGAAGGUCGUUAAUAUCAUCAUCAACGUUGAUCCGUCGAUCAAACAAGGACAGACACGAUACAAUUUCAUAAAUCUGCUCUUUGAGAAGGGAAUUGUGGAGGACUUUGAGGUAGAGCUUGACGAUGAUCUGCGAUCAAAAUAUCCCACAUUGAAAGAGAAGUACACCGGUGAGCUUCACGAAACUUUUAUAGAAAUAAUUGAGUUGUUUACAAGGCAAAAGGUGCAGGUGAGUGAAGGCUUUAAGACCAAAGCCAACCAGAUAUUUCUCAGCUGCGCACUGCGUGCGCUGGAGGGUCUUCUGUUUCCGAUAGCUGAUGCAGUUAUUUUCUUGCCGAAGGUGAUUUACAUGCCACACCGUGAGAUACGGUUGGUUGAGUUUUAUCGUGUUGACGUGAGCGUGAUGACAAGCAAGUCGUUCGAUAUGAAAAUAAUAACAUAUGACACGGCUUACCUGUUUUCCAGCAUUGAUAAGGACGAGUUUGGUGCUCUUGAAAAGUAUUUUAGCGACUGCAACGUUGAGAUACGUGUGGAGAUUGUUGAGAAUGAGAUACCACCUGAGGAAGAGGACGAUACAACAGAAAUUGAGGAAGAGCCAAGUGUAGAAGCAGAUGAGUCUGAUGUUUAAAUUAAAUACGAUAUGUUGAGUUUUAAUGU